CAACGGAGCGGAGCACAGCUCCUCUCUCUGCCGCUGACAGAGCCCGGCUAGCGCGGAAACAACACCGAGCAGCCCCGGCUGGAGUGUGGAGGCUCCAAUGACUGAACCCGCCGGUGUUUUCCAUCCAUCAGCCCCAUCGGUCCGCUGGUGUUCGUCUUGUUCCUUCCUCUCCUCGUCUGUGCCCCUGUUCAGACCCUGACUGCUCCACACUGAGCCGCUGGUGCUGCCUGAAGCAGCUAACACUCACUGACGAAACAACCUUUCACCGACACCUCAGCAGAUGUCUCGUUGCUCCCCUCAAAUGUCAGAGACCAGUUGGAGGCCGGAGGUGGGUCCUCAGCAGCAGCAGUGAUGCGGGCUUCGUUGACAGGCUGCAGGAUGAGCGUGGGUGCGCUACUUAACGGACUGCUGGUCUCAGUGGUCGCGGCUUUGCUUUGGAAGUAUUCAAAGCUGAGUGAACAUGCUGCCCUCCUGGAGGAAGAAUUGCACAUGACACAACAGUCCCAGGAGCUGUCGCAAGCCCACAUCGAUUACCAUGUUGCCCUGCAGGCUCUUCAGGAGCAUGGCACGCACAUGGUCUGCACUGGCAAGAUGCACACUGACCGCAUUUGCCGCUUUGACUACCUCUGCUACUGCUCUGAGGCAGAGGAGUUUGUAUUCUUCCACUCCAAUUCCUCUGUCAUGUUGCCUAACCUAGGAUCUAGACGGUUCCAGCCUGCCCUGCUGGACCUGUCAUCAGUAGAGGAUCACAACACCCAAUACUUCAACUUUUUAGAGCUCCCCGCUGCAGCUUUAAAGUUCAUGCCCAAGCCGGUGUUUGUACCAGAUGUGACACUGAUCCUAAACAGGUUUAAUCCCGAUAACCUCAUGCAUGUAUUCCACGAUGACUUGCUCCCUGCUUUCUAUACCAUGAAACAGUAUUCAGACUUAGGCGAUGAGGCUCGUCUGGUGUUCAUGGAGGGCUGGGGGGAAGGUCCACACUUUGACCUCUACCGACUUCUUAGCGGCAAGCAGCCACUACUCAAAGAACAGCUCAGAAACUUUGGCAAGCUAAUGUGUUUUACCAAAUCUUAUGUGGGCUUGUCCAAGAUGACCACUUGGUACCAAUAUGGAUUUGUGCAGCCGCAGGGUCCUAAGGCCAACAUUCUGGUGUCAGGAAACGAGGUUCGGCAGUUUGCUAGGGCCCUGAUGGAUAAAAUGAACAUCACCAGAGCGGAUGAGGUAGAAAAAGAUGGAGGUAAUACAGAAGAGGAAAAAGUGAAGAAGUAUGAUUACAUUGUUGUGUUCAGUCGAUCAACAACGAGGCUGAUACUUAAUGAGGCAGAGCUAAUUAUGGCACUGGCCCAGGAGUUUCAAAUGAGGGUAGUCACAGUAUCCCUGGAGGAACAGUCAUUUCCUAGUAUAAUCCAGGUGAUCAGUGGUGCUUCCAUGUUAGUCAGCAUGCAUGGAGCUCAGCUUAUUACCUCACUGUUCCUCCCCAGAGGAGCUGCUGUGGUGGAACUGUUCCCCUUUGCUGUGAACCCAGAGCAGUACACACCUUAUAAAACCCUUGCCUCCCUUCCAGGCAUGGACCUUCAUUAUAUCUCCUGGAGGAACACCAAGGAGGAAAACACCAUCACCCACCCUGACAGACCCUGGGAGCAAGGAGGUAUUGCUCACUUAGAAAAGGAGGAGAAGGAGCGAAUAUUGGCCAGUAAGGAUGUUCCCAGGCACCUGUGCUGUCGCAACCCAGAGUGGCUUUUCCGGAUCUACCAGGACACUAUGGUGGAUAUCCCUUCCUUUCUGGAAGUCCUCAACGAAGGCAGGAAGACCAAGCCCAGUUUGAAGAAGUCCAAGCCGGCCAGCACAGUCCACCCAGGCCGAGUCAGAGAACCACAAUGUCAGACCACAGUACAAACAACUAAUGAGGCUAAACUCACAGUAUCCUGGCAGAUCCCAUGGAAUCUAAAAUACCUGAAGGUAAGAGAGGUUAAGUACGAGGUGUGGAUCCAGGAGCAAGGAGAGAACACCUACAUGCCUUACAUCCUUCCACAGCACAACUACACUUUUUCAGAGAACAUUAAGCCUUUCACUACCUACCUGGUGUGGGUCAGAUGCAUCUUCAACAAGAACCUCCUGGGCCCAUUUGCAGAUGUUCUUAUGUGUAGGACCUAACAGAAACACCUUGUCUGUUUGUUGCUGUGCAGUUUCACUCAAAAGUUGAGUCAUGGUUGUUCCAGACAAUCAAUUUAGAGUAGUGAACUGCUUGAAUACGUUUUGUCCAGAGGAGUUUGGAACAUGUCAUGGCUUGUUCUUACAAAUGCAGAUGUUGUUGAACAGAGAUGUUUUGCUUGCCCGGCAGAGAGAACACAGAGACUUCUUAAUGAGUUUCAAAAUAUUUGAAGCACAGAGUCCGAACAUAAUGGCAACCUUCAUUGAUGAAUGGAAAGUGUAUUUCAUGUUCCUACGAAAGUGCUAAAUCAUUUCUCUACGGACAAUACCAGGAUUCAGAUUUAUUUAUGUGCAGAAUAAUAUAUACCAUGUUUUUAGUAAUAGUCAGAACACUGGGUCUUUUUCUUUCACAGUAAUUUUUUUGUGGUGCGCAAGAGAGAAGAUUUUUUUAUUGUUCAAUGUCUACUGUAUGUGUGAUACCCGUGUGGCUUAGUUUUCCUAUAUAUUAUUUAAGUACCUACAGUAUUGUUUUCCGAACUUAGCCAAUACUAAAGCAAAGUUUCCCCUGUCGGCACAGCCAAUCAUAUUUGCCAUAUUACUCUGUCUUGUUAUGGAUCUCUCAUAUGCAGUUGGAAACCCUCUCUCUAAAAUGUGAAGGAUUUUUGGUCAAGUACAUUUUUGAAUCUCUCUCUAAUCAAUCAGUUUAUGGCCCUGACUACAAAGAGCGGUGCAAUAUCAGAAUACUUAAGGGUGUAUUUUGUGAUAAAAGAUACUUCUCUUUAACAAUACUAUCUUUAAAUUAUUUAAUUAUAUGUUACGAACUGCAAAUAUACAUGUUUUUCUCUAACUGGAACUAUUUACAAGUGCAACAGUUAUAAAUUUAUCUGGAAAGUGAAUCUAUUAUACUACGCUAUAGUUAUUAUGAGGCAGACCCCUUCCUGUUAGCAGCAGUAUGCUGCUGGGCCACCGGAUUUUAUUGCCUUGUGUGAAGGGCAUUUUCAUCAAGAUAACAAGGUACGUUAAGAUUCCACUGCCUUUAACUCUGUUAAGUAAGAUAAUGACCAGCGGUGUGUGUUUACUUUCCUCUAAUAUAUUUUCUAGUCUACCUUUGGAGAUCAGAUUUCCAAAGCUGGCCGUUUAUUUGUUAUUGUGUCAUUUUCAAACAACUUGCUGCUGGUUCUGUGCUGUAGAGGAUAUUCAACUGUUGGGCAUGUUAAUUGGAGGUGUUAGAAUGUGGUUGUAGAAAUGUAGCAAGACAUACGUUUAUGGAAUGGCACAAGUAAACAAUACACUGCCACAAUGAUAUUGUGUUAUAUUGUGCCAUUAUUAAUAAAGUGUCAUUUUGAUUUGGUCCUUUAAACAUUACAAUAUCACAUUGUAAUAUUUUGUAAUUUGCCAUAUGUCCCUUUCCCAGGUUUUUCACUGAAUUGAUAUUGUUUCCUCUUGAAUGCAUCUGGUUGCCAGUUCAAGUAUAAGAGAUUAUUUUUGAGCCACUGUUUGUGAUUGCAGAAUGUGAUGGUCUAGAUAUGUGUGUGUUUGUAUCAUUAGCUAGAUUUGUGUUCACUUUUCCGAGCUCAGUGGAAACAUCAGUGAAAGAAGAGUAUAGACGUGUCUGUUUUCUACAUAACAAAUAGUUGGAGUUUCUUUUUCAAAUUGAAUAAAGAAAACUUUUUCUUAUG